AUGCCCUGCGAAAAGUGCGAAAAGAAGAUGAACAAGCUCGUCACGCCGGAUCCAAAACAAGGCCAAAAUCGUGCUGUCGGCGUGAACAAGCUCAUUGAGAAGAAGGCACACAAAGAUCAGCUCGCGCCCAAGGGCUCUGCCUGCAAAGUCUGCAACACGAAGCUCCACUGGAAAGGCAAAUACUGCCCUCCAUGCGCACACAUUAAGGGCAGGUGCUGGAUGUGCGGCAAGAAGAUUUUCGACACCUCCAAGCACUGCAUGUCUCUCGUUUGA